AUGGACGGGCAGAAGGGCCACCAGGGAGAGAGCCCUCUCCAGGGCCAGAUCAUUGAGGUUGAUGCCGACGUGUCCAAUGGGACUGUCCGCUGUGUAGGGGUGAAGAAGAUCUGCAGCGGCGCCCCCUGUGGUUUCUCUGAGGCCAGUGCGAGCUCCAAGGAUGCGGAGGAGCGGUCCGCCUCGAUGAGGAAGCUCCUCUGGGCAGUCAUCCUCUGCGUCAUCUUCAUGAGCGUGGAGGUUGUCGGCGGGAUCAAGGCCAACAGCCUGGCCAUCCUGACCGAUGCAGCCCACCUGCUGUCUGACGUGGCGGCCUUCGCCAUAUCGCUCUUCUCCCUCUGGGCCGCCGGCUGGGAGGCCACCCCACGCCAGUCCUACGGCUUCUUCCGCAUCGAGAUCCUCGGCGCCCUCGUCUCCAUCCAGCUCAUCUGGCUUCUCACCGGCAUCUUGGUCUACGAGGCCAUUGCGCGCCUCGUCGGUCCCACCGGCGAGGUCCAUGGGUCCCUCAUGUUCGCCGUCUCCGCCUUCGGCCUGGUAGUGAAUGCCCUCAUGGCCGUCCUCCUCGGCCACGACCAUGGGCACGGCCAUGGCCACGGCCACGGCCACGGCCACGGCCACGGCCAUGACGAUGGCCACGACCAUGGCCAUGGCCACAGCGACGGGCAUGACCACGACCACGACCACGACCAUGGCGAGGUGCACGGGCACACACACACCGUGACCAUCACCAAGUCAGGUGAGGAGCACGAGCCCUUGUUGAGGUGCUCGGAGGAGCUUGCAUCGGGGGGAAGGAAGGUGGCGAAGGAGAAGAGGGGGAACAUCAAUGUGAGGGGGGCGUACCUGCACGUGUUGGGGGACUGCAUACAGAGCGUGGGGGUGAUGGUGGGGGGGGCGGCGAUAUGGUGGAAGCCGGAGUGGAAGGUGAUCGACCUGGUCUGCACAUUGGUGUUCUCAGUGGUGGUGCUGGCCACAACCAUCAAGAUGUUGCGGGAUAUCUUGGAGGUGCUCAUGGAGAGCACACCGCGGGAGGUUGACGCCACGCGGCUUGAGCGCGGACUCUGUGCUGUGGACGGCGUGGUGGCCGUCCACGAGCUCCAUGUAUGGGCGAUCACUGUCGGCAAGGUACUCCUUGCUUGUCAUGUCACUGUUGCGCCGACGGCCGAUGCGGAUCGAGUCUUGGACGAGGUUAUCGGGUAUAUCAGGCGGGAAUACAACAUCAGCCAUGUCACCAUCCAGAUCGAGCGCCAGUAG